CUGAGCGAUGGGCCGACCUCGAUACACAGAACCCGUCUGCCAUACCGAUGUCAACUCCCACCUCGUUUGUCCAGCCGUUGUUCGAUGUUUUUGCGUCAUCCGAGUCUAAGGCCUCUGACAGUGAAGCUUUGGCGCUGGCUUCGAGACUUGAGAAGUCUGUCUCAUUUGGCUAUGAAGUGGGUCUUCAAGUAAUGUUUAUCUUAAUUAACCCGCCACCAUUGCACUGUCAUAACAUUGGUUUAGGAAACUUUGUUUCUAAAGUUCCAUCUACGUCAACCAAUUCUAGAAUCAUCCUCGCGGUAGGAAAAGGUCACAAGCUGGCAAGGUCCAAUCCAUAUGUUCAUCAGAACUUCAUUUCUACACUUGUUUUGGAAACACCAUCUACCCUCGCCGGAUCCUUCCAGCAUCGCACCGCAGACAUAAUCGUUUCACACUCUCUAGACUUCUGGUCGACCGACUACAUUACGAGGUACGCUCGAUAUCCAUUCAAGUAUACUUUAUCUCGGCCCAUGGACAUGUUAUCGGCUAUAAGAUGUUACAAAUCCUGUAUCCUGAACCUCAGCCAGCCAUUUAUUUACAUAGCACAUACAAUGUGGAAAUUUAAACUCUAACCAUCUAUUUGGCCAUAUCGUCAUCAGCAUCAGGUGAGGCGGGAACAGUCACCAUGCUAAAUGUGUCCUUGACGUAUGGGCAAUUUUGCCCUUGCACGAAUGGGUGAAAAAUGACAUUUUGAAGAAUGUAAAGGCGAUCUUCCACAUGACUACAGACAGUGGAUACUCUGGAUGGACGAGCAACGCAGAAAGAGGUUCAUCUAUGUGGUGUAUAUUCAGAGGAUAGUGCAUCCAAGUUUACUUGGGCUGUGAAUGGUUGAUAUGGGCUUUGCAUACAUACCCCUACAU